AUAUUUGACGAUGUGUAAAACCCAGGGAGCUCCCCUAUUAUUUUAAAACAGCGAACCAUUAUCACUGCUUGUUCAAUUUGAACCUUCAGAUUAACCAACGUUGACAAAAUGGACCCGAAGGCUCCUCCUUCCACCACCACCAACGCCGUCGCCCACAACCGCGGCCAUCAAUUUAAGCUACAAUCCUCCGACGAAAAAAAGCACCGUUCGAUCUUCGAACUAUCAUCAAACUUCUUUGACUCCUGCCGUCUCCUUCAAUCUCCGUCGGCAUCGCCACUCUCGUUAGUCGAACCACUCGAAAGCCUCUCAGUCAAAAACCUAGACGACGUAGAAGACAUUGGUGACGAAUCCAAAAAGGAAGUGGAGAAUACGGAGAGUUCGAGUAGUAGGAAUAACGCGAAACAUAGGUGGACUUGCAAUACUUGUAAAGCGGAGUUUGAGUCUCUACGUGAACAGCGUUCUCACUUCAAAUCCGAUAUUCAUCGACUCAAUAUAAAGCUAAGCAUUUCUGGGAGAGACACUAUAAAGGAAGAAGACUUUGAUGAGAUGACCUCUGAUUCCCUAUGUAAGGAUUAUGAUUUAUCAAGUAUUUCUGGAUCAGAUGAUGAAGAUGACAAAGAAUCUGGUCAGUCCAAUGAUCUGCAGCGAAGAAUAGUUGGAGAUAUUAAGAACAAAAUAUUUUUAAAGUUGCAUAAUGGGGAGAUCCUUUCACUUUGGAAGGGCUUACUCCUGAAUGAGUCAGAAAGUAUUUUGUUUGAGAACAAGAAGACGAUUGCUGCAGAUGAUAUUAGGAAUAGGAUGUAUUUGACAGAAAAUGAUGUGAUCAAGAAGUUGAAAUAUCUGAUCCAUGAACCAAGGGAUAAUACCCAUUUGAGGAUUGUGUUGCUUGCAAGAGGUGGGCAUUUUGCAGGCUGUGUUUUUGAUGGUACAACAGCUGUGGCACAUAAGACAUUCCACAGAUAUGUUAUACGAGCUAAGGCUGGUAAGAAACAAUCAUCAAAAGAUGCAAGUGGCAAGAUGGCGCACUCUGCUGGAGCAUCAAUUCGUCGGCAUAAUGAGCUUGCUCUUAAAAAGGAAAUCCAAGAUUUGCUCACAGCAUGGAAGCCUUACUUUGCUGUUUCAUCCUGUGUCUUCAUACAUGCUCCCUCUAACAACAGACAACUGUUUUUUGAUGGAGAUCAACCAUAUUUUGUUUGCCAGCUUAGUGCUGUUAGAAAUAUUCCUUUGACUGUUCGAAGACCUACCUACAAGGAAGCUCGACGAAUAUAUGGCUUAUUGACUCAAGUAUCCUUUGAAGUAAAUGAGGAAAUUGCACCUGAUUGUGAAGAGGCGUCUCUAGUAAGUGCGAGUGGUUUGAGCAGCAAUUGUAAGUCCAUGGAGGCUCUGAAGGAUAAUUUGGAGACUAAGGAAAUCACAAAAGCAUCUUCUAGUGUUAUGCCAUCCCCCAAUGAGAUCAUAUCAAGUGAGAGUGAUAGUGAUAAUGAAACUGUUGGAACAUCCACUCCUUUACACGAAGCAGCAAAGUGUGGGGAUUCUGAAAAGGUUUUUGAACUUCUAGAACAAGGUAUGGAUCCUCGCCUCAAAGACGAGAGAGGGAGAACUCCAUAUAUGGUUUCAACUGAAAAAGAAGUGAGAAACGCAUUUAGGCGCUUCAUGGCAUCAAACCAUGACAAGUGGGAUUGGCAUGCUGCUAAGGUGCCUAGCGCAUUGACUAAAGAAAUGGAGGAAACACAAGCUGCUAAACAGUCAGAGAAAGAUGCCAAGAAGAAAGCAAGGGCAAAAGAGUUGAAAAAGUUGCGGAAAGCAAGGCAGAAAAAGGCUCAGGCUGAGGCUGCUCAAGUCCAGACUGCUCCAUCUAGUCUUUCAGCAAAAAUAUCAAAAGAGGAGGAAUUGAAAAGGGCUCAUGAUGCUGAAAGGGAAAAAAGAGCAGCUGCAGCUGAGAGAAGAUUAGCUGCUGCUGCAGCCCUUAAAGCUCAAGGCACUGACUUAGUUUCUGCUCCAGGUGGCUCGGGAACUGACAUACUAUGUUCUUGCUGCAACGGGUCAUUAGCUGGCAAGGUUCCCUUUCACAGAUACAAUUACAAGUAUUGCACUAGUGCAUGCAUGCACGUUCAUAAAGAGAUCCUCGAGAGUAGACGGAUAUGUUGAAGUUCAUUACCAAGCUUCGUCUAUGCCGUCCUCUACCGUGUGUGUUUGGGGUUACUGGGGUGGGUGUGGGGAAUGGGAUGGGGUGGAGGUCCUGAUAUGAAUGAGAAGUUAAGGGCUUGGCGAGAAUUUUGCACCUAUAUAUGAGAAGUAUUUUUUUUAUUUAUAUUUUAUAAUUUUAUAUUUUUUUUC